AUUUGGGCGAACUUUAUCCAACGCAUGAAGUGAAGGGUUCCGACGGCACGUGAAGGCAGCGUCAGACUGCACUGCAUACGCGCCGUGGCGGAGAGCGAAGAUGGCGGAGAAUAAUGUCGAACCAGAGCACGAAUGGAGCGACCGGGCCCUGGACACAGCCGAGGACACUCUGGUUGCAAUGGAGACCCUGGUGGCCACACUCAAAGCCUUUGAAGACGUACUCAGACAACAAGACAUAUCCACAGCGUCCUCCACCGAGUACUGCGACAACUUCUGUCAGGCACUGAUGCACUACGCUGGAAACAGGAACUCCAUGGAACAUGGUCUGCCUCUUCUGGAGGUCUACUGUCUGUCCAUAAACUGCUUCGCUGCAGCUCGCUCUCACCUCACUGCAGAGUCUGACAGUGUUGCCCUUGUUUUAAAGAGACUAGCUUUGAGCUGUUUUGAACUUCUGCUGUCAGUGCCUGAGAAUGAAAUCCCAUGUGAAGCCUGGGUUCAGUUCCACCACUCUGUUCAGAAUGCCCAUGACACCCUGUUACAGUAUGGGAGCACAGACCUCCAAGCUCUACUCCAGAUAACGGGGGAGGGGGGUGCAUGGAGCAACCCUAUCCUGACAUCCCUUCUGAGUGGCCAAGUUACCAACCCAGCUGAAGUUGAUUCAUACAUCAGCUUGGAGGGCGAAGGCUUCAUGGAGAUGCGAGUGAAGCACCUGGAGAAAAUCGGUGAGGUUGUGAAGGCUGUGGUCUUGGCCAAAGCCUGCGCUGAAUGCAAUGCUGUCUCCAACCAAGCAACCUUCCGUCAGACGUUCGUCCUACUGCUUUGUCAGCUGCUGCCCAGUGAAGAAGCAAUCACUGAGAUUUCCAGACUUGACUGCAAGGAUGUUUUGGAGAUUACAUGUAAUUUUGAAACAGAGGGGGAGGAAAAUAAUGCCUUCAUCCUGUGCACUACUUUCCUGACUCAGCAGCUUCAGCAGCAGAGCCUUUACUAUUCCUGGGAGUUGACACUAUUAUGGAGUAAACUUCAGAGGAGGAUCGACUCCUCAUUGCAGUCUCUUCUGGAUCGUUGCCUUCAGCUAGGUGCCAUUGCCAAAACAGUCCACCAUUUGUUUUACCUGGUCCGUGUGAUUCAGACAGAGGUGGAGGGCCUAACGGGGGUACCUACAUCAGUAGAACUUUGUGUGAAAGCCCUUCAGCUUCCAAAGCAAAAUGACUCAGAAACAAGAGUCUCUGUCUGUAAAACAGUGUCCUGCCUUCUUCCAGAUGAUCUUGAAGUGUUGCGUGCCUGCCUGCUCACAGAGUUUCUGCUUGACCCCAUCCAGGAGGUCUUCGGCCGCCUUGAGGAGCUUUAUUUACGCCCAGAUCAAAAAUAUGACCAGGAAAACGAGGUUAUUCCCAACUCACUGCGCUGUGAGUUGCUACUAGCACUGAAAGCACAUUGGCCUUUUGACCCUGAAUGCUGGGACUGGAAAAUUCUCAAGUAUCACUGCAUCUCACUACUUGGGUUGAUGCCAGAAUCAGAAGGGGAAGAGGAGGAGGUAGCCAGUAAACAUCACGAGUGUCAUGGAGUUACAGUGAAGGUAGAAUCAGAACAUCAAAAUAGGAUAAAUGGAAGUCUUGAUAGUCAAAAUCAACAGGAUCAAACCCAGUCUCUUACCAACCCAGAAGUCCACAGAGAACAUGAGACAAAGAAACACAAGUUCUGCUGUCAGAUUUGUAAGCGGUCAUUCACUGACACCCAAAUCAUUCACCACUCCAAAAGACAUGCAGGAGACGACAGCCACCCUUGCCCUGUUUGCUUGGAAAGGUUUAAAAGCAGAAAGGACCUUGUUCCUCACAUGAAGCGGCACAUCCAAAGUGAAACGGAUAAUUCUAAUAGCAAUGUAUCAAACGACAACAUGCUAAAACAAAUAGAGGAUGAUGAUGAUGUUGAACCAGGAGAGAUAACCGUUGACCCUUCACUGAUGCUGUAUUACAAAUCCACACAUGAUCCAGACGUUCUGCACCACAUUGUGCAACAAGCCAAAACUGUGAAAGAGAAGCACAUGGAAGAUGAUGAGCAUGUAACAUUUGAGUACAUUGACCAGCACUUCAAAUUGCAAAACCGGGAUGAAUACCUUUGUCCUGGAACUGACUGCACCCGGAUUUUUAAACAUUCCAAGUACUUGUAUGUCCAUUUAAAAUCUGAACACAAAGGUGACGAGAAUGUGAAACAUUUUCAUCAGAUGAGAGACAAGCGGGAGAAAUGUGUUUUUUGUAGACGCCAUUUUGUCUCCGCUUAUCACCACCGGAAACACAGAAGGAUUCAUUAUGGUGAUCGGCCUUACAUGUGUGUGGUGAUAGGAUGUGGUGCUAAGUUUAGUACCUCCAACGAACUUGUUACACACAAACAGACCCAUGGCUAUCAGCUCAACUAUCAGUGUGAGCUCAAAGGCUGUUACAUCACCUACUCUGACUUAGGACAAAUCUACCACCAUGAGGCACAGCAUUUUAGAGAUGCAGGAUUUACCUGCUGUAGUGCAGAAUGUAAAAAGUUUUAUUUUUCCAAAAAGGAAUUUAUAAAGCAUUUAUCCACUCACAACAUCUCCUUCUCUGAAGAUGACUUUGAGGCUCAGAGGAAAGCAAAGCAGAAACUUUUUAAGACUGUUCCUGAAGCAAAAAUGCGCCUUAAUAAGUCAACUGAUUCACAAGAGAUUGUAAAUAAAGACCUUCCAAAAUCUUCAUCCAUGGAUUGUGCCUCCUCUUCGCAAGAAUCUGAUGUUAAGGAACCCAGGGCAACUAUGACUUUGGUGGCUGUAUGUUUUGAUGGAAGUAAAUUCACUUGUGGUUUUGAGAAGUGUGGCAUGACUUUCUCCAGAGCCAGAGAUGUCCAGCGACAUCUAAAGUGUGCCCAUCCAGAACAUCUUAAACUGGAGAAUAAAGAACACAAGCAUGAUAAAGACCAAGACUUAAAGUACAAGGGGAUAAAGACUGACCCAGAUCUAGACAGCGAAAAGGAGGAAAAUGAGCUCCCAACUCUCUUUCAACCUGUGGAGUCUUCCAAAGAAAGAAAAGCACCCACUCAAACCAAAAAUAAUGAAACUAAUUUUUCAAGCCUUCAAACAAAAAAUGAUGCCCUAUUGGAAAUUGUUCUAGGGCUCAGUAAACUGGACCUGAAUUCCACGUCUUCACACAACAUGUCAAGUGACCCCUCUGAGUCUAUCCCGGAACCUAAUGCAUCACCAAUUGUUAAUCAGUCAAUCAUGGCAAAGCCUCCGGUUGUAUUGCUCAAUAAGAAACCUCAUCUGCCUGAGGAAAAUGUAAAGGUAAAAACUGAAGAACUAUCAGCUGUUGAAGAAGCUGGUGUUGAAUCAUUAGCUAUGGCAAAGCCAUAUGUGUGUGAGGAUAAAGAUUGUGGUUUUAGGACUGCACAGAGUUACAGCCUGCUGCGACACUAUAACACCAAACAUGGUCGCACCAUUGAACAGGCCAAACGCUUGACUUCUUUGAAAACAACAUGUUUUAAGCCUUAUGUCUGCCAGCUUUGCUCCAAGAGUCACAGACAAAAGCACGUGUUGAGGUCCCACUACCUUCAAGUACAUAACCUGACCGAGUCUUUUAUAGAGAAAAUAAGUUACGGAGCUGUAGCUUAUGAGGGGAACAGAGAUUCUGCAAAUGAAACAUCCCCUCCGGCAAACCAAGGUCUAAAAGUACAGCUGGAGAUGCCCAAGUUGCAGCACCUACCUGACGAAUGUCUGAUCAGUGAAAAUGGACAAAGCACUGGCGAUCCUCCAUCUGAAGAUGAAGUGCAGGAUGAGGAAGAGGGUGAGCAAAAAGGAGAAAGUGAGGAUGGCACCACACAGCAGGUCAGAACCACAAGACGUCUGGUGGCCAAAAAUAAUCUCUGCUAUAUAUUGGAUAAAUUCAGCAAACCUUUUCAUUGUGUAGCAAAAAACUGUGAUGCAGCUUUUUCCACCCAGGGAGGCCUCGUGCGCCACCUACAGUUAGUACAUCACUACAACCGCUCUCAGCUUCUGUUGGAAAAAGAAUUUGAUGUGCAUCACAGUCAAGAAGUCAGGAAGGAAUCUGCCAAGAAAAGACUUCUUCCAAACUCUGAUGAACCUCAGCCCCAGUAUAAAUGUCACUUUGCCAACUGUAAGGCCUCCUACCACCUUAAAAGCAGCCUUGUGCGUCACACCCGUGAUUACCACUCUCAGCCACCAGAGCUAGUAAGGCCCAAAUACGAAGGUUGCAGAAGAGUGUUCAACCACGAUGAUGCACUUAAACAUUCUCUUUAUAGUCACUGUGACUAUUACGACUCGCUAGUGGUACGUCUACGGAGCACUCACAAAAAGUCAGUUACUGGAUGCCAAAAGAAGCUUAUUGUCGCACCACAGAGUCCUAAGAAAGAAGAACCUGAUUUAUCCACGACAGAGGCUGAGAUGUCAAGCCCCACACCUGAAACAGCUGGCCAGCCAGAGGUAAUUGGCGAGGGCAAUCCUGAAGAGACCACCGUGACAGAAGAAAAGAAGGAACGAAGAAAUUCCUUCAACCGUUUUGUCUUCAGAUCUCACGAAGAAGCACUACAGAUGUGCCAAGAUCGCUGUAUGCGUGUGGCCUACCCCUGCAUGGUCCAGGACUGUGAUUCUGUCGUCACCUACUUGCACAGCUUGAAUCGUCACUACCUGAAGGUUCACCGCAUGCGCCGAGAAGAUCUGGUUAGGAAUGAAGAAAAGCUGCUUUUUAAUGCUGAGCAGCUGGAGGAACUGAUUCAGAGGAAGUCAGCCAGAUCAACUGCGGCAGGUGCAUGUACUCCUAAUGGGGUCCGCAAAAUGGAGUAUCAGACUGAGCUAGAGCUAGAUAACCCAGGGGAGCAGUCCACGGCCAUGAGCCUUCACUCCAUCAAACCAGACACUCAGGAUGAGGAUAAUCCGAAUCCACUUAGAUUCCCAGAGGAGGAAGAGGAGGAGGCACCACCUGUUGAGAGAAAUGGUGUCCUUGUUGGUGCAGAUGAGGUGCUGUAUGGUGAACCUAGCACUCGAGGGCACACUGAAGACUCUCCUGCAGCCUCUCAGACCUGUCAGAAACAGGAGAGGUUGAGCUUGGAUAAAAUCAAACCUCUGCUUCGUCCAGUUACUGUGGAUCUCUCGCCACCAUGCUCACUGCGCUUCACUACUGAAGAGGGUGCACAAGACCCAUCAGCCAACAAGGAUUGUGGUAAAAUUGUGAAUGGGUCAGCGGCUUUGCCCAGUCUUCCUGUUCGGCAGCCACUAAAACGAAAGAACGAGCUGUCCGAACAGCCGUCAAAUGUGAAAGAUCCUCAGCCUCGUAGUCCUUCUCCGCGGCCAUUUGACAUUGCUGCCUACAAGCCUAUGGGCUUUGAGUCCUCGUUCCUAAAGUUCAUACAAGAGACCGCCCCAAAAGAUAUAAACCCCGUGCCACCGAAACGGCGAGACUCUUUCAGACGCAGUUGUUCUGUCAAGGAGAACAACCAGUUAGGAAUCUCUCACACUCGCAGCAGACGCACUCAAUCCCCACUGUUGAAGCCCCACUCUAUGACUGGGGACUUCACAUCAGUCCAAAACUUGAAGUCCAUCCUGGACAAAGCUCUUGCUGGGUGUGGGGACCUAGCCAUAAAGCAGCUUCAGUACCUCAGACCAGUGGUGGUACUGGGGAGACCUGUAUGCUCCACCCUGCCUGACCUCUUCCCAUCAGACACAAACAAUAGCAAACUGCUUCUUGGAAGUUAGCUUAACUGAGCACCUUUUCAACGUGGCUUUGUAUUUUCACAAGCUGUGUACCAGUAUUUUUGUUUCUCUUAAAAUAAUAGUAUUGUUUUUGUUGGGUUUUUUUAAGUUUCAAAUUUGAAGUAUUAUGAAUUAGCAUAAGAAAAAAACAAGCUUAAACAUCUGAAGAUAAAGGACUUUUUUACAUCUGUUAAGACAAUAUUGAAAACAAAAAUCUUGUAACUGAUUAUGUGUGUGUGUAUAUACUGUAGUUCUCAGAAAAAUGUACAGCUUUUCAGAUUGUUAGAAAUGGUCAGUAGCGGAAUGCAAGGCCUUUUCACUUAUGUGAAAAUGUGACUGAAAAACAUUUCCUUAAUACAAAGUUUUUAAGGAAAAUGUUUUAUUUUUCACCUCAGUUUAUAUUAAAUCAGUGUUGGGAUGCAGUUGACAGGUGUUGGAAAGACAUGUAUGUAAUACUUUCUAAUAAAGUAAAUGUGGAAAUAACUAAA